UUUUUUUUCUGUCUAUCCAUUUUCUCACUGUACUCUUCUCACUUCUCUGUUCCCUCCUCUCUCUUUCUCUCCGCGUCUCCUCAGUCUCCAUCUCUAGGGUUUCUCUCUGCAAACCCUGCUCACUUGCUUUCCUGUUAGUCUCAUUGAUCUUGCCAUUCCCAAAUACCUUAGGUCGCAUUCAGCUCUUCAAUGUAGGAACAAACAAUGUGGAAGAAAACUAGAUGAGACAGAGAGAGAGAGAGUUUGUCUUGUCAGUGGCUCUGAUCUCUGUGAAUGAUCAAUGCUGUGUUCCUGUUUCAUGCCAAAGGUUUUGAUUAAAAUAUUGUUGGGCUGAGCUUAGAGUAGUUUGUUCUUGAAAAGUACGGUGGCAAGGCAUGGAUUUUUUGAAAAUCAAGAAGUUCAGGAAAUCUCAGAAAGGGAAUGGAGAAAAGGAUUUGACGGACAAGGCAGUGCCGGAGCCUGAAGAACCAAAGACUAACACUGGCGGUCCUGAUCAGUGUAAAUCAGAAAAUGCUGAUCCUGCUGGUGACGCUGAGGACGACGAUGAUUUUAUUACCAACGAGGUCAAGAGGAGGCUGAAAGAAUUGAGAAGAAACAGUUUUAUGGUGUUGAUUCCUGAAGAAGAUUCCUGCCCGGAGGAGGGGGAGGAUGAAGAGGAAGAGGGGGAGACUAGCUCGAACGAGUGGAGGGAUGUGGAGGCAGAAGGUCAGCAGUGGUGGCGUGGCUUUGAUGCUGUGUUUGAAAAGUACUGUGAAAAAAUGCUAUUCUUCGAUCGGAUGAGUAUGCAGCAGCUUAAUGAAAUUGGCAAAGGUUCUCUACAAACUUCAACUCAAUCUCCAAGAUCUGCGUCGAAGAAGUUGACUUCUCCUCUUCGAUGUCUUUCCUUGAAAAAAUUUGAAGAACCUGAUGAGGAUACUGAACAUCUUCAACAGCCUGGAAAUGAUCCCUACCUGGAUAUUGAAAUGGCGUAUGUUGGUCAAAUUUGCUUAACUUGGGAGGCACUUCAUUGUCAAUACUCGCAUACAAGUCAGAAGAUAUCCUGGCAACCUGAAAAUCCUACCUGUUACAACCAUAGUGCGCAGGAGUUUCAGCAGUUCCAAGUUCUAUUACAAAGGUUUAUUGAAAAUGAACCUUUCGAGCAGGGCCCUCGAGCUGAAAGUUAUGCUCGCACAAGGAAGGCUUUGCCUAAACUGCUACAGGUUCCUAAUAUACGAGGUUCAGAUCAUGAAUUAACAGAUGAUUCAGACAUGAGAGUUCUUGCUCCUGAUCUUAUCAGGAUAAUUGAAAAUUCUAUCCUCACAUUCCACCUUUUCCUGAAGAGGGACAAGAAAAAGUCAAGUGGUGUUAUCAACCUGUUUGGAAACCAGAACCAGCUUGCAACUCCUCUUCAGCAGGUUCAAUCUACACUUGAUAAGAAAGUGUUGAAACUUAAGGAACUGCGCAGAAAGGUGAAGGGUUGGAAAAAAAAUUCCUGGCCCCAGAAGCACGAGGACAUUCAGCUAUUGCUUGGCCUUAUCGAUGCGAAAAUCAUAUCAAGGGUUCUGAGGAUGACGCGGAUGAGUAGAGAACAGCUGUUUUGGUGUGAAGAAAAGAUGAAGAAACUGGAUUUAUCAAAUGGUAGGUUAGAGAGGGAUCCAUGCCCUAUCCUCUUCCCUUGCUAGUAGUAGUAACAGUGGUGUAUAUCUUAUAAACAACUUAAACUUCUUUCUGCUGGGAAUGAUAAUUGUUGCGGAUGGUACUAUCGAUUUUAGCUGCUUACUUAGGAUGUUUUGGGAAGAAAUCUCGAUGAUUUAGGACAAUUAAAGAGGAAGAAGGUUUAUCUGCGUGUCUGAAAUUAA